AUGUCUUACCAUCUCCUAAAAGACACACGACCAGCUGCUCUGGACGAAGUGAGCGUGCGCCGCCGGAAGAUUUGUGUCUUCUGCGGAUCGAGUAGCGGUGCCAAUCCUGCAUACAUCGAAGCUGCUCAAGCUUUAGCCAGAGCAUUGGCUGAGCAGGAUAUUGAUCUCGUCUAUGGGGGGGGUACUAUCGGCCUCAUGGGCGAAGUAGCAAAAACACUCUGUUCGAUCAAAGGGCCUUCAGCUGUCCACGGGAUAAUCCCUCAAGUCCUGGCUGAACAUGAGCGCACUGACGGAUAUCGAAUUACCAACACGGGGCUUUACCUUCCGGACGAAUCCACAUACGGUCGCACAACCGUAGUUCCGGAUAUGCACACUCGUAAGACAAUGAUGAUGAAAGAGGUUCUUAGCGGUGGUCCUGGGAGCGGGUUUAUUGGCCUCCCUGGCGGCUAUGGCACCAUGGAAGAGCUUUUCGAGGUUAUCACGUGGAACCAGUUGGGGAUUCACCGGCUGGGCGUCUGUUUACUUAACUUAGAAGGAUACUGGGAUCCAAUCGUGCAGUGGGUGAAUAGCGCUAGUAAUAACGGAUUUAUAAAUUCGGCGAACAAAAACAUCAUGGUAGUAGCUAGGGACCCAGCGCUAGCGAUUGAAGCGCUACAUAACUACAAGGUGUCUCCGGCUGUGUUUAAGUUGGAAUGGGCUCACUUGUGA